AUGAAAUAUGAAAAACAGGGUCACAUUUUGAACCUCUUCUUUUUUACCAUAUGGCUGGUACUUUUCUUAAAAUAUAUAAGUGCUAGUAUACGCAUUUCAGAUAUUACUUACACCAGUGAGAAGGGCGUCCUUAAUGCGGAACAGUUUGAAACUGAAUAUAUAUCCAUUUUGAAGUUGGAAAAUGAUGGCAAAACAACACCCAAGUUUGAAAUUAGUGAUCGUUACCUAAUUUCUGAGGACAAGACAACCCAAAAUUGUUAUGCACCGAAUGAUGAUCAUGGAAAAGUGCUCAUAAAAAAAAAUGACAAAAACAACUUUUUAUUUGUGCAAAAGCAGAAUGCAAAAAUCUUCAUUAAGGAUCGAAGUUUUAAGUGCUCACUUGUGUCCUCUGUUGAGAAAAAAGAUCCACCAUAUCAAAUAAUUCAAGAAAACUAUGAGCAGAUAAAUGUAGGAGAGCUAGCCAAUUGCGACGAUAAUAAUAUCAAAAAAUUCGUAGAUUAUUUUAACCUCUUAGAGGUCUUUUUCAUUUCAGAAAAUGAAAAAUGUGAAACUGUUUUAAAAACACCAUUAACGAAAAAUGUUCAAGUAGUAAAAUGCGCAGGCUACAUUGGACAUAUAACCAACUUUCCUGAGUUAAAGCAUAGCACCUAUUACAUCUGCUUCAAAACGAAUGAUUCAACUUUACUAAUUAGUACCUUUAUGGCAGAUAAGACAAUUGCUAAUAAUACAUCUUACUGCACUUUCGAUAAUCCACUCUGCCUCAUAACCAUUAGUGUCAGCCUUUUUAAUAAUGUAGAACAUAUAACGGAUAAUGCCUUGGUACUUAAACCAGACUGCGCAGUUAUAAGCAACCCUAUUUACAAAGAUUAUCACAUUAUUAGUGAGGAUCAUUAUAUCUUCUCUUUUAAAAAUGAUGAAAAGGCAUACUAUCUCGAUAUAUGCAUACUGAAGGAUAUGAUAUAUGAAAAAGUGGGUAACCUAUUUUUUAUAGAGACAUAUAUACCCAUUAUAUGUUUUAUAGGCUCAGAAUGCGUUAUAAAAGUAUACACCGAUAUGGAAAAAAUAAAAUACAUUAUGAAUAAUGUAGAAAGCACGACUUUUUCAUGGUCCAAAACCAUCUGCAACAAUAGGACCGUGGAAAAGGAUGAUAUAACCACCUACCUAAAAGAAGAAGACGGAUAUUUAUAUAUAAUUAGUGAAAAACUUCUAAUUCAAGAAAACAAUCUGUGUACAAAGAACAAUAACAAAUUACGUCACCUACUAUCUAUACAGUUGGUUGAAAAUCCUCAAUACACCAUGUACUAUUCGCUCAUUAACUCUGUAAUUAAGAACAACACUUGGCAAAAUAUUAAAUAUCAUAACUACUCGGGGCCAUACGUUAAAUACGAAUGCUCUCAUGAAGAAAUAGUCAUAAAUGAAUAUGAAAUUUGGAAAAGCAAUUAUGAUAAUGAGUUUUUACACAAAAAUCAGGAAUUAAAUUUUAACAUCGAUUUUAAUGCCCUUACUAUGAGGUUAUGUGUAAAGCAAAUUAAUUAUAUUGAUAUCGGCUCUGUCAGAAUUGAGCAGUUAUUUGGCUUUAAGGUUAAUAACCUAGAUCCUUUACAAGUUAGCGCCAUUGUAUCAUUAUAUAAUGAAGACAUAAACACCAGGCUUCUAAAGUUCGCCAUAAAGGACGAUGAAGACUGUAAUUCGAGUAAGGGCUUUUUUAUAUAUUCCAAGGGUAAUUAUCCUAAGGAAAUCUUUCACAAUAAUAUUAUUGUAGACGCAAGAGCAGAGUACGAAGUGGAACAGGAAAUCAUUUUAGAUAAACCCAGGUACUACUUAUGCAUGUGUUCUCUUGCAGAAAAGUGUAACGAAAGUCACGGCUUAAGUAUCUACGAUUUGUAUACAAACAUUUAUAUAAACAAUGAAAUAAUACCGCCAGAAAAAAAAAAAUAUGUUUGCAAGCUAUUUUCCCCUUGUAACUUUACUGUCAAAUUCGAGUCGGACAAUAUUUCAAACCAAUGGGCAGCAAAAGUCGGAAGUUCAUGUAGAACGUACGUAUUCGCAGAUAUAAAAAUUAAGUCGCAAAAAAAUGAUAAGUUAAGUAACGACGCUUCGAACAUAAUCGCUGUUGACUUUAGUAUAUUCUACAAUAUGAGUCAGAUGAACAGGAACAUACUAAAUAAAGACUUGGUUAUCUGUGGAAAUUACAAAGAUCAAAAAUUUACCUUUUCCAUAGAAGCAGAUUUCUUCUUUACCUAUAUCAGUAGUCCGUACCACAGAUUCGAAAUAAAAAAUAUAGAAUAUGAAAACCUGUGCAGGGACAAAAAAACUCUGAACAUAUAUUCCUACCAAAAUGGGGAGACAAAUCUGUAUAAAAAAACUGACAUUGACAUAAAUAACAAUUCCAGUGAAAUUGAAAUAAAUAUAGAAUAUGAUCAUUUAAGUUAUUAUAAAAUAUUUUUUAUAAAAGAAUGUCAUUAUUGUAAAGGGGUUCUCACCUACACACACGACGGAAGUAUCUACAGUUUGGACAACCCCGUUAGGAACACAGAGAAAUAUUGGGAACCAAAAAUAGGUAAGAAUAAUGCUACCAAAAAGGAUCCUAAGAAAUCUACACAUCUAUAUAACUGCGCAUACGAAACAAUGCAGAAUCACACACUUACCAGUUUACUCCUGUUUGAUGGACCUCAUGAAGAAAUUAAUUUCUACUGCUAUAGAGGCACUAACUGUUCGCACAAAGCAAAAUUCACUUUGCUAUGGUAUCACUACACUAUAUAUGCUGAAAUUACAGAAACAGAAAGAAUCAUGAUAUCCUAUAGAGAAAUUAAAGGCAAAAAAACUACUGCAUCACAGAUACUAUCGGGCAUAAGGAACUCUGAUCUUUACCUUACAAUCUCAAAGCAUAUCAUAGAUAAAAUUAAUCCAGGGCCUUAUAAAAUAAUUUACUCCAGAAAGAUUGGGGAAUCCUUCAACGAAAAUUAUAUUGGCACACUUCAUUACGUAGGUGCAUCAAGACAACUUUUUCAAAUUACCGCUACGAACGCAACAGAAAUUACGCUUCAUGGUUAUUUUAAGAAUAUUAACCAAGAACAAAUUACUGUAAUCAAAUAUUCAACCUGUGACUUUUACACUGUCAUGCGCGAUAAUUAUGGAAGAUUAAGAGACUUAAAAAAAAUAUAUGAUAAUAUCCAAGAUGAAAUUUUUAGUAAUGUUCAGGAUUGUACAAUAUCUAGUGAAGAUAAGUUGACAUGCACAAACAUGAAACCGAUAGGGAAAAAAUAUGCCUUAUGUUGGUGUUAUGGAAAUAGAGGAAAUUACUGUAAUCGUCUCGAAAAUAUGCAAUUCUUGAUAACAGAAGUUGUUUCUUUGGAUCAUUCCAUUAAGCCAAUAGUGCAAAUAAACAAGCCACCAAGUGCUGUCUUUAUGAAUUAUAACACUGAGGGGUAUUUUUUUUUAGUAGAAGAUGAUUGUCAUGACAUCAAACAUUUUCAUUUAAAAUCACACUUAAAUAAAGAAGAACACAUUUUGAAUCUCUACAAAGAAUUGGAAUCCCCCAAAAAAUAUAAUCUAUGCGUAUGCAAAGUAACACAAAACAUUGCCUGUGACAGAGAAAACCACUUCAAGCCUCUGGAAUUGGAAUUUGAUCACACACUGUAUGACAAAGAAAAAUUAAAACAACAUUUGCAACAUUUUAAUACUGGAUUCACGGCAGUAAAAGAUUUCACUUUCAGCUCAGAGUUUAAGGAAUUAUUACAUAAAGGUGUAAUACAGGCUAUGGUUUUCCUUCCAGGCUUCACGGCAUACAAGGAAUACGUUUGUCUUUCAGGAGUGCCAUGUAAUGCACCUAUAAAAAUGCAAACUGUGUUCAGUUCUGAAAUAAAACAUUUUUUACAUAUAAGGGAAUUGAAAAAUAUAAAACAAAUUCCUAAAAAACAAAGCAGUGCCAAGAAAAAACAAAAUAAAGAAGGUCAAAAAGAAAAAAAAAAAGAACAAAAAGUAUAUGAAGAGGACGAACAGGAUGAAAAGGAAGAAGAUGAUGAAGAGGAAGAAAAAGAAGAGGAACAAGAACAAGAAGAAAAAGAAAAAAAAGAAGAAGAACAACAAGGAGAACAAAAACAAAAGGAAAAAAUGAAAGAACACCAAGAAGAACAACAAGAAGAGGAUCCUCUAAUGUAUUCCUCAUAUUUGAGAGCUCACGUUGACGCCACAGAAACAAAAGUGGACACAAUUUAUUUCACAUUAAAUGAAACAAAGGAAUGUAAAAAUGAGCAUAACCAAAUUUAUAAAGAAGCAAAAGGAAAAAUCAUUCGCACUCAAGAAAUCGAUUUAACAUUACAGCAAAUUUUAGAUGUUUCGUUUAAUUUGGACAUAGAUUUUGUACCUCCAGAAGUGAACAAACCGUAUGAAAUAUGUGCAUUCCUGAGGCCCACUGACAAGUAUUACUACAGUAUUGGAAAUGUUACCUUCUACGGACUGUUUAAUGAAAGUAAAGUUGUCGAAAUAAUUUCUGGGGUUCCAUUCAAUUUGGAAUUGAAACAGUUUAACUCAAUAUAUAAUGUACGAAUCCGUUUUGUUUACGAACAUUAUGGAGAUUCUGAUGUAUGCAAAAAUAACUAUGGGAACAAUGAAAAGUUUUUUUAUUCAGACUCAGUUCAACAACUAUUAACUCCUGAUGUAAAAGAAGAAAUAGGAGAUAAGGUUACGCUCUACGUGUGGAAAGAUUUGUUAACAAUUUUAGAUUCCGACAACUAUAGCAUCAUGACUGCACAUAGACGUGAUGAUGGAUCCCACAUAUUACACGUGUGCUCUUGUUACGAACUAGUAGAAGGACACUGUGAUAAUGAUUAUUAUUAUGUUGCAAAUUUUAUGAAAAUUAAAGUACACGCAGCUGUGUUGAUAGAACCCAAAAUGAAUUCCAUGAUACACUUUAUGAAACCAUUUACCCUUAAAUUAAAAACGUCCAAAGUGCUAAAUGGAUCAAUUAGAAUUUUCCCAAUUGAUAUAAUGAAAGAAUUAAGUAAAUUGUGUCUAGAAAUAAAUCAGAGGGAAUAUUUUUUAACAUUUCCUGCAAAGGUAGAAGAAUAUGAGCAAACUUAUAAUGUACUUAUUAAUUUCCCCUCACAAGGAGUUGUCGCAUGUUGGUGCUCAAAGGAAAAAUGUGAAGACGCUGACUAUUUAAACAAGGUUGCAUUCUUUAAAUUGUCCAGUCCGAGCCUUUUAGAAGUUCACACAGAUAUGGAUGGGUACUUUUCCUUUUCCUUCUUAAAUGAGUGGGUCCACAUAAAUGACAGAAUCCGGUUCGUUGCGGGAAAUUUACCAUGCACGGACGACACAAGUGCAAGCUUAUUUGAUGACACCAUCCACAUAAAUAACAAGAAAUAUCACAUCAACUGGGACCAGAGUAUAGAGAUCUAUGGGAAACCAAGAAAAAUCGUGAAAGAAAUAAAUGAUAACUUCACAUGGAUUUCUAAAAUUUACAAAAUAACCAAUAUUCUAGCGAAGUACAUCAAAAUAUGCUACUGCUUUUAUUAUUAUAGCCAAAAUUGCAAAGACCGAAAAAAUUACACACAUAUCGGCUUUGUUCAUAACCAUACGUUAACGAAAGGUGUUACAAAUAAGAAAGAUCAAAUUGAUCAGACAAUGAAUAUGUAUGUACUGAACAGAAAUUCCAUCAAAUUCGUCCCCAUGAAUUCAUACAACGAUAAUAAUAGAGAUAUUUGCAAUACUAGCAGAAACCAAAGUAACAGAAUUAUCCCUAUUUUCAAAAAUACAGCCUUCAACUACGUUAAUUUCAAACUCAGAAUAUUGAAUAUUUUUAAAAAGCACUACAAAAAUGAAAUAAACUUCGUUGUAUGCUACAGUUCCUACUAUUACGGGUAUAAGAACACCUACCUGUUAAGAAAAGUAGAAUAUAGUGAACUGUCCAGAGCGUCAAAUCCUAUCACUCAUAAUUACAUUCUUGAACAAGCAGGAAUUACAUCCGACUUGAACCAAAAUCUGGGACCCAGAAAAGAACAUAGUGAAAAAAUUGGAAAUCUACUCAAAUCAUACUCAAAAAUCAAACCGAGGAGGACCUUUUUUUACAACUAUUUUAUGGAAGAAGCGCUCUUCAAACAUAGCGAUGCGUUACCCUCAGGAUUUAGUAGUGAUAUCAUGGGCUAUAAGACAGACGAUGAAAGCGGCGAGGACGAUGAGGAUGAUGAAAAUGUUAAAGAAAAUGAUGAUGAAAUAAACAGGCUUAUGGACGAAGAGAUGAAGAAGAAGAAAAGAGAGAAGGAAAAAGCGAAGAAGGAAAAGGCGGAGAAGGAAAAAGCGGAGAGAGAUGGACAGGCUACAGGUAUCAAGGAUAACGUUGCCAAAGGUAAAGGUGGCAAGGGUAAAGGUGUCAAGUAUAAAGAUGGCAAAAAUAAACUGGGCAAGCAGAACCAGGACUACAAUGAUGAUGACGAAGAAUACGACGAAUUUAAAGGGUACACAAAGAACCAGAAUAUGGAAGGGGCAGGGAACGAGGACCAAAAUGACAACAAUGAGGGCCAAGGAGGAAAGCACAUUUUUAUCUAUAUAACUAAAGCUAUAAGGAAAAAAAUUAAAAUUGCCAUAUCCAAGUUUUAUGAAGGCAUAAAGGUGGACUCUAAGGAAAUUAUGUACUACAAAAGAAAAGGCGGGGCAACAGUUAACUACAUUCUAGAUAACAUAGUUUUAAAAAAUGAUUUAUCAAUCAUUGUAUGUUGUUAUGAAGGAGAUUAUCUCGAGUCAGCUCCUAUCUUGCAAGAAAAUUAUUAUGAUAUCCAUAAAUCCCCUAAGGUGUAUUUACUAUAUAAAGCAUUAAAAGUAUAUUUUGGUAAUAUAGACGAAAACAUCACAGGGAAUAAUGCAAUCCUGGAACAACUGGGUAAUACGUAUGAUGGAUAUCACAUGUACAAUUAUUUAAGGAUAGAAAAUUUGAACGAAAAAGGAUUCUAUAAGAAUCAAACCGCAAUGCAGUUAAAAAACACCACAUUUGAAUUAAAAGUACAUGGAAAAAACAUCCCCCCUCACGAGUACACACUAUAUAUUGUCGAAUUUGACAACAACUGUUACAGACUGGAUAAAAACGGAUACCAUAUAGAAAAUAAAGAGUACGUUAUACACAGCAAUUAUAUCAUUUUUAAAAAUGUCAUUAUUAAUAAAAGGAAUACUUACAAGAUCUGCAUACUAGAUAAGACACAAGACACGUACAACGAUGUAGGAAUUUUAAACAUUAACAAUUAUUAUGUAAAACUUGAAUCAUCUUUUGAUGACAAUUUCAUUUCUUCUAAUCUUAAAAAAAUGAAUAUUAUACUAAACGUGUGUGUGAAUAACAAAUCUUAUGAUGCCUACGUUAUAAAAAGAAAUGGGAGUUUUAAAAUCACCCUUGAUAUGCAAAAAAUAGCAUUUUCCGAAAAAAGUCAACAUCUGGAGGAUUUUUUCCCAGAAAUACUAAACCAUCAGUUAAUAUCUUGCAAGAGUAAGGAGCACGGAACUAUCAUUUUGACAAAGACGCAUCUAUUCUUUUACGCACUUUUAACAAAACUUUCCUUCUCCACCAACCACAAUUUACCAUUCCCAGUUGACGUAGAUUUUGACGAACGAUACAUAUACGUAACCGAUUUAAAUAUGAGAAAAAUUGCGCGCUUUCAAAUUCUCUCUGAUGGCAAUUCUAUUAAUAUUAUCAACAAAGGGAAACGGAAAAGAAGCAUUCAAGACCAAGAUUUAAGUAACUACAUAAGAAACACCCCCAUGGAUCGACAAGGAACAACUAGUAAGAAAAUCACACUUUAUUACCCAAAGGAGGGUCGCAAUUUCUACUCCACAGAUUUGGCGCAUGAUGAUCUCCAUGGUGCUGUUUACCCUGAUGAUGCAAACAAUUUCAAAGCAACAUUAUUAACGAAUAAAAAGACACCUAUAAAUGAUUCCACGGUGAUAACAAAAAGGACUAAACGAAGCGAUGAUUCCUAUACCGAGAAAGAUCAACAAAAUUUAUUACAUUUUCGUACCUUAGGAAGGGAUAUGCGGAGCGAAAAAGAAAAGACUGCUCCCCUCCGAAGUGCGGAAGACAGCACUCUCCACAAUAACUCACGCGGGGGACAGAUGAAAUUAGAUGACAAUCCCGUUUUCGACGCUUCGAAAAAAUCCCCCCAAUCGGUAGCAAAUAAAGAACAAAAUACACUCGUCAAAAAUUUAAGUGAUUUGUACAGUUAUCUACAAACAAUGGUAAACAAAAACAGAUGGACCAACUACUUCUAUGGACUACUCGGCACAGAAAAAAUAUCAAAAAAGAGAAACUUCAUGUACAACUUUCUCGAUUUUUUCAAAAAUGGGAAGGAGAAAAAUCGUUCUAGCGGAAAUAAAAAACAAAUGCACCAUAACAUAGUACCUUCCAGCUUGCCCGCAAGAGGAAAGGAACAGGUUAGUCGACCAGGUACACGCAGCACCUGUGCUAGACCGCGCAAAACCUCGUCUAAAUCGAGCAGCACCCUUAGUAGAAAAAGAAGAGAUGCUACUGAACCUGUGGACCAUUUAGUUUACGACGAAGCGAUCGAAAAGAACAUUAAAAAGCUAAUAACCGUGGUGAAAACUAACAAUUAUUUAACAAACAGAAUGGAUCAUCUGGAUCUGAAAGGAAAUCUAAAUCCGUUAUUCAUUAGCAUACAAGAUGAUAUACUGUACAUAUUGGAUUCUACAAAAAAUAAUUUUUUCAGCUACAAUUUGAAAAAUAAAAAAAUUAUACAACUGGAACAAUAUAGCGCUGGAGACCAUAAGUUCAUUUUAAAGAACCCAUUAAAUUUUUCCAUAUAUCGUGGGGAGCAAACUGGACACACACUACAUAGAACCAAUGUAGCAUUCGUAACACAAAUACGAAGUAACGAAGUUAAAAUUAUCGAUUUGAGUAAAAAUAAAUAUAGAAUAGUCAAGGCAAUAAGGUUGGAGAGAGGCUACAGACAUAAUGGAGUCAUUAAAGUCAUAGCAAUUGAUCAGAACUUACUAAUAAUUACAUCUCAUAUGAACGCAGAGAAUAUCAUUUAUCAUUAUCAUUUCAAUUCAUUUGAUCAAUACUUUAGUAUUUCCUUCGAAUACACUUUUGCAAAAAAUUAUAACUCAAAUGAUGAUUUAAAUAUUGCACCAGAAAUAGACAUAUACAGCGAUUCAAUUAUCUUCUUCUGCUUUCUAAACUAUAACGAUCAAUGCACAAACGUGGAUCCAUUGACACAAUUAGAAAUCUCAACUGAAACAGGAGUAAUAACUGGAAAAUUAAAGCACUUUGGAUAUUUCCAAUUAAAAAUUUUUGCUAAAACGCAUUUUCAGCAUCAAGUUAAGUUAUAUAAAGAUUUAUAUUCAUACUGUGACGUAGGGAAACAAUUUAACUACACAAACCAAACGUGCGAGAGUUGUCCUAUUGGAACCUUCUGGGAUAGCGUUGAAUUAAAAUGUGAGAGGUGCAAAAAACAUUUCAAAAACACGUCUACCUUGAAAAGUGGAUCUAAAUUAAUAACAGAUUGUCUUUGCUCACCUGGCUAUGAAUAUUCAGAAAAAACUGCCAGCUGUGAACAGUGUAAACCUGGUUAUUAUAAAAAAUCGACUGGUAAUUUUAUAUGUGUUAAGGGAUGCCCCAUUAACAGAAAGAGUAUUAUUUAUGGAGCCAAGAGUUACAACGAAAUGAAUUGUAAAUGUAGUGAAGGCUAUUACGAACUUAAUGGAAAAUGUGUUUUAUGUCUCAAAAAUUACUACUGCCCUGGACACGGUCAACAGAUAGCAUGUCCCAAAAACAAAAUGUCCCCAGAAGGAGUCACAUCCGCAGAUGAGUGUGUAUGUAAGGAAAAUUUUAUCUACAAUGAGAAUAAUCAAUCGUGCACUUACUGCACUUCUGUUGGAAAGGUAAAAGACCAAGUUAUCUACUGCUCCCUGUGCGAUCCGAAAUAUUUGGACACGAAUAUUUUUGCAAUCCCGAAUGAGCACAACUACGGUUUGGUGGACAACAUGUACAAUUAUGAUGAGGAUCUGCUCCUACAGGAUAAAAUACUGCAGUAUGGCUAUUUUGAUAGUAAUAGACGUAAGCAUGGCCCUGAAAAUGGCCGCGAAAAGGACCACGCCAACUUUGCAACUCUUAACAUUAACAGCGAACUGGUUGUAGGGAAAAAUAAGGAGCAGCCCAACAGAAAAACUUUUGCAAUUGAAGUAGACAUGCCAAAACCGACCAAGUGCGUAUUCUGCGAAAGUGGGUACUUUAUGGAUAUCAAAAAGGAAAGGUGUAUACCGUGUACUAACAAGUACUGCGAAGGGUUCGCUAAAAAUCAAAAAGGAUGCCCCAUCAACUCCAUUGUGAACAGGAUAAAGGCCUCCUCCAUUUUUGACUGCAAAUGCAAAAUUGGAUAUGGUUCCAUAAAUGAAAGAAGAAGCGCAUUUAACAAAAAACUCAGUUGUAAAUUAUGCCCACAGAAUUUCUUUAACCAUAACUUGUCAGAGCAGUACUGUCUUCCCUGCCCACAGAACACCUACACAGCAUCAGAGGGAUCCACAUCCAUCCUCAACUGCCUACCUGUGGAGGGCUACUUCCUUCUCAUGUUCAAAGGCAUAGGCAUAGAAUACAUGAGGUAUAAAUUCGACAUCAACUCGGAAAAUAGAAUUUACAGCUAUUUCCAGGAUAGCGUUAAAAGCUUCGACGAAGACGUGUAUGAACUGUUUUUGGAUCACAAAUUUGAGCAGCUAUUCAAGGACGGGGAUAACAACCAGGACAAGAGGGGGCAGAAAAAUAACGAACCGGUGUUGCCGCCACACGCACAAAACAACGCUCAAAACGCGCAAGAUAACAAGUACAACGUCAGACACUUGAAAAAUCUUGGGUUCCUAAAACGGACGUCCCUCUUUUACAUAUACACAGUACUGCUGAAAUAUAUUGAAGAAAAUUACGACUGGAAAUCUGAUAAGAUGCUGAAGGUCACAUGCCACGUGAACCUGCACCUCAAAGGUAGCCCCAACUUUACUGUAUCAUAUAAACCCAAUUUACAGUCCUGCGUAGAUAGCUGUAAAACGAAUAUCUACUGCACAGGGGUGGAAUUCUCAAGGAAAAACGUAGAGUACACACAAAUAUUUUUAAAAAAUAAUCAAAAAAUAAUUGUUGGAUAUUUUAAAUGUAAGCAUUAUUCUUUCGAAAGUAUAUAUGAUUAUACUUCCUCCGAUGUGGACAAUUUUCUGGACAAGAAUAUCGAAAAUGCGGUCGUGUCAAAAACUCCUUUACAUUAUACAGACUUUAUAUUAACAAAUAGAAAUAACAUCAUUUUUACCUGCUCUAUCGAUAGAGAUAGAAAAUUUUUACUAUAUAAGCAAUAUCAAGUGGUUGCAUGUUUUAUGGGGAAAUUCUGUCCAGGCAAUCACACUCCUUACUUGAUAUCCUGCCCAAAUAACUCAAAAACCGUAGUUACUCUGGCAAGAAAUGUGGACAAAUGCCUAUGCCUCCAAGGCUAUUCCUAUGUCGGUAUUGCGACGCUUAGGUGUGCGGUAUGCGAUAGAGGAACGUACAAAAAUUACGUAGGAAACUUCAAGUGCGAAAAUUGCCCCCUAACCUUUUCAACAGUAAAUAUAGGAUCCACCAGCAUUAACGAUUGUUCUUGUACUCCAGGAAAUUAUCUCACCUUUGACACGUUGCAAAAUUUUAUCAAUUCGGAAAAAAUUAACUACAAAAAUAUUGUUGAUCAAUAUUUUAUUGUUCCAAAAAAGAAACAAACUGACGUAUAUUACAGAACAGAAAUAAUGAAAAUCAGCUUGAAUAACUUAAGCAGGAUAGAAGUUAAUGAAGGAACCAAUCAAAUGUUACAGCGUGAGAUAGCUGUAUGUAGGCCAUGCUCUCUCGAUAAUCACUACUGCGAAGGAGGAAUCGAAUCGGAAAUCACAUUUAACAACAAACGUUUUCAAGGCCAAUUUCACACAUUGCCAAAAAAAUGCCCCAAAGAUUUAGUCAUUCCAAAAGGCAUCAUACAGAGAAGCUCAAUAAAUAACUGCAUAUGUAUUCAUGGAAAAUUUUUAAGAACAUCAAAAGAUAAAAAAGUAGAAUGCAUCCCAUGUCCUCCAAAUACAUUCAAGGAAAACGAAUAUGAUAACAGCUGCUCUGGGGUUUGUCCACACUUCUCCACAACGUUUGUAGGUUCGUCAUACGAAAACCAAUGUUUCUGUAAAAACAAUUAUUACUUGGUUACCACAGAAGAUGAAAAUGAAGGUGAGAAUAGUGCUAACCCCUCCAAAAGUAUCGGACUCGCCAAUAGUGGGAAAGGCACCAAAAGUUGCAAACCAUGCCCCAAAGGAGCCGUAUGUAACAGAGGCUUCAAUAUUGACCUCUUUCUCCAUCUGUUAAAAAACAGGGAAUAUAACAAUAUAAACAUUUUAGACCAUGAAAAUCCAUAUCCACUAUACGGGAAUUAUGCAGUCUAUAAAGAAAAACAUCCAAUCAAUGAUUGGAACCCCCUACAGGAUAAUGACGAGUUAAAAUAUUCCUACCCUUAUUACAACUUACUGUUGUUUAUUCAAAAAAAUAUGGAAAGCAGGAAUUAUUUCUUUUUCAAAAAAAGCCAAGAUCUGUACCUAAAUAUGGAAUUCAUAGAAGCCUUAAAAAAAAAAAAGGAGAAUAAGAAGGCAGCAGACGAGGCCAAAGCGGGAGAAGAACAUAAUUUUCUACUCCACCAGACAAAUGUGAUCUCGUUUUUAAACUACAACCAGAUGGAUAGAAAAAGUGUAAAAAAUUCAAACGAUGUAAUCGCAAACAAUCAUAACAGUGCCAUUUCUACUUAUUUAAAAAAAAUUGUGCCCAAUACCCUACUAGCUAAACCUGAACCAAGACCAACCCCUCCCCUUCUACAAAGUAACGAAAUGAAAUACUCCUUGGAAGAAAUGUUCAAUAAACACAUAGAAGAGGCAAAGGAAUUGAGAAUAAAAAACAAAAAAUUUGAAAGAUUACCAGACAUUCAUGUUUGUACUAUACCUGAUAGGUGUCUAGGAACAAUAACCAACAUGUGCCAGGAAGGGUCCACAGGAUACCAAUGCAAUAAUUGUCAAAAGGGCUAUGACAUGAGUCAUUUCAAGUCCAAGUGUCACAGAUGUAAAAAUUUCUUCAACGAAAUAUUACUUAUGAUAUUAUUAAAAAUGAUAUAUUAUGUAAUCAUUAUUCUUAUCGUUUCACUCAACUAUAAUAGUUGUUUCAACAAAUUGUACAUAAGUGGUAUUCUGAUGAAAAUUUGGUUUAAUGGCUCCUUUACCCUUGUGGCAUAUGGAUUUUUUUCACCCUCAUCCAAUUUAUUUAUUACCAAAUAUUGGCAUAUUUACAAAAGCGUGUUUCUCUCCCAUUUGAAAAUGUUUUCGUAUUACUUGAGGGUUGGCUGUUUUCUUCACUCGUACAAUACAAAUGUGCACUACAACGAAAUCUGGUACAUACAAAAGUACGUGAAUAUCUUUACACCCCUAUUCGAUGCUAUUUCUAUAACGCUCAUCAUGUUCCUUAUCGUUCAUGUGUAUAAAUUCAUCUGCAAAAAGAAAAUACAAAAUUUUGAGUACAUCUUGUCAACCAUUCCUGAGCUGAAGGUGAAAUAUGACUUGGAAUGCCUAACGAAUGACCCGCACGGAAAAGCAUUUGCCAAAAAGGGAAAGAAAUCAAAAAUUUACGUGUCUAACAAAGCUAAGGAGGACGACCAGGAUUCGUGCAACCAGUCGACGGUAACGCACGACUUGGAAAAAAAUGGUGUAAGUGAUAAGGAAAAUGUAGGGGAUCCAAAUGACGUAUCCACACUGAUUGAUAAAAACGCUUCAAAUGUUGCUAAUCUGAUGAACAAAAAACAUGCCCAAGUAUUUUCUGAAGAUGAUGUCCUUCACAAUGCAGAUGGGGAAAAUUUAACUGGGGAAUGCACAAAGUACGAAUUAAAAUACCUAAACAGGGACGACAAAAUGUACGACAUUUUCCUAAACGAAACGGUUGAGUAUAUUUAUAAUAAGAAGAUUUUCGGACCUUGGCGAUUUAUGCAUAAAAGAAAUGAAAUGUUAGGAAGGAGACUCCUCACAUUUUUACAGGACACCUUCCCCUGUUACAUUUUGCUUAUCGCCCUAUCAUCACCCUACGUACUUAUGGAAGUGAUUCAACUCGCAUUCUGCAAACCGAUAAAAUACAAGUCCCAACAAUCAGAACUAUACUUAUCCUAUUUGACCACGCAAAAGUGCACACUUUCUGAUAAUUCCUUCUUUACAGGAAUUUUGGUAGUUAUCCUGGCCUUAUUCUUCUAUGUUGGCAUUUUCACACUAUUGAUAACCCUAUAUUCGAAGCGCAACAAAUAUAAAUUGUUUGACAUUUUAUUGUCCAAUUUAUUAGCAGGGUAUAAACAAGGCAUGGAAAUCUUCGAAUUUAUAUUUAUCCUCAAAAAUAUCAUUUUGGUUUUACUAAUAACCUUCAGUAUACACUACGAAUUUUAUUACGUCAUCCUUGUCACAGUCAUAUUAACGACUUUCUCCAUUCUGGAAAUUUAUUCCAACCCCUUUGAUGGAAGAUCCUUCAACAUCCUCAACAUAUCUUUAUGCAUUGGGAGUGUCUUAAACAUUUUCGUUGCCCUAACCAUUUGGGGCAGUUUCUACUGGAACUAUGAGAAGUUUUUCUUCAUCCCCAUUCUCAUUAUCCUCUUUUACCACCUGUAUAUGCUCCACAAAGUGAUUCGAGAAAUUAUCCUAUCUAGACAUUUUAUACACACAGAAAAUCUUAUAAGUAUAAAAACAGCUGUGUAUGGGGAAAAUAACAUUAAGCAUAAUAAUUAUAAACUGUACUACAAAGUUAUGAAUAAAAUAAAAUUUUUCCUAAAUAAAAAUCAAAAGAAAAAUAUAUCCAAGCAGACUACAAAUAAUGAUGGACCAAAUAAAAUGAACAAAAUGUCAACGGAAAAUAUAAAAUUUGAACCCAUAGAAAAUAUCAUAAAAAGGUAUAAUGUCAACUUAAAUAACGAUAUAUCCAAAGCACACACUGUAAACCAUAAUGAGGAAGUGGAAAAAAACAAAAAGGAAAUCUUCUGCAUAAGGAAAAACCACCUACCCGUAAACAUCCACAACGUAGCCCUCAUAUGGUAUGACGAACAAAAUGAAGAUUUACUAUUUCAAAUGCCUUUUGAAAACAAAUUUUGCCUAGACUUAAAUGGGGAUAAAGCUAAAAAUAAAAACAAAAAAAUAUUUUCCUUCUUUCCAAAUUAUGCAAGAGAUAAACGAAGAAAAAAAAAUAUUAAAUAUUUUGUAUCAGCCAUAAUAGAAAUUAUCGACAAGUUCUUGUGUGCAUCUAAGAUAGGUUCGAUCUACGAAAAUUGGUUCGACUUUUCUAUGAGGUUUGCAUUUGUCUACAUAUCAUGGAUUAAAAAAAUUAAUAAAACCAAUGUUGUUCUUCCACAAAAUAUGGAUCAGUUAAAAAUGAACAUAGACCAGUAUGUGUUCAUUCCUCUAUUCUAUAAAUGUGAACUCAUCAAUCAGGCAAGAAGAAAGUUCAGCGUCUCUGCGAGCACCCCCGGGGACCAACUUGUAAACAGUGCGCCUAUUGAAGCAUUGGAAAAGAAACAUAGCUUUGAAAACACAGAAAUAAAAAUUAGUCGCAGCUAUGGAUCGUACAACCAUAUGGGAAGCCUGAAAAAUAGGAACCAUGCGCAUGAGAAAAAUAACCAUGUCAUGAAUGACAACUACUCGGAUGAUGCGUCAUCUGAUAAGGAUGCAUCCUCAAAGGCAAAAAAUGAAACCAGGAAAAGCAGUGAGGAGCAAGCACAAAUGGGCGUUCUAAGCUACCUAAAGAAAAAAGAAAGAAAAAAAAAAAAGACCCAAGCAAAACUAAAAAAAAAAUCGAUAAAAAUGGAUAACCCGGAUAUACCCAACCACAUCAACCAAAAAGAUCAUUCAUACAAAUUUGAAAACAUCUUCAACCACUCCAUGGAUAUUUUUUCCUCAGAAAUGUUUAAUGAAAGCACAUUCAACAUGCUCAUCUCUCUAUUCGAAUUGUACAUAGCUAUGAAAACGUUAAAGUCAAUGGACAUGCAAAGUUUUACAAAAUUGUAUCAACUUUAUAACGAAAAAUUCAUACGAUUUGAAAAAAGUCUUGUCUUCUACAUAAAUAAAAUGAGGGAUGAAAUAAAACUAGAAACAGAAGAAAUCGAUAAUGAAAUAAAAACAGGCGAUAGUGCAGAAAAAAUGAGAGUGAAAAAUUAUUACUUCUAUAAGGAAGAACUAAAUAAAAGAAAAAAACUUGAACAAGAAUUAAUGUCCAAAAUUGAAUGCUUACAAGACUGUAUAGACGUAAAUGAAAAGUCGCAGUCGUUACGAAAUUUAUUGAAAAAUUCUCGCAACAGCAUACCAUCCGAUGCAAACGUGGAUGAAGAUAUUCAUUAUAUCUUCUCCGUUUUGCAAAAUGAAGGCACUUACAAAUUGGACCAUUCGAAGACGAAGGAACCAAAAGAUUGA